AUGGCUAGUACUUUGACUCUCCCAGACUCAAGAACCUUGGCAUACGCCUUGGACUCUACGCCAAAAGACGGGCCAAUCGUCAUCCUCUCCAACUCCCUCACUGCACCUCUAAUAGUAUGGGACCACGUCGUCAAGGCUCUCAAUAGCAACGGCUAUCGGACUCUACGAUAUGACCAACCUGGUCAUGGUGGCUCAUCCGCCCCGGAAGACUUGAGCCCUACGUUUGACUCCAUGGCCGAGGAUGUGGAAUACCUUCUCAAGAUGCUAGAAAUCAGCAAGGUCUACUCAUGGAUUGGAGUGUCCAUGGGUGCAUCAGCUGGCGUCUACUUCACCACUAAAUUCCCCAACGUUGUGAGCAAGCUCGCCAUCUGCGACACCAUCUCCUCGUCACCCGUCAACGCCGGUACUGAAGAUGCAUUCGGUCCCCGCGUUGCCGCCGCCCGAGAGGCAGGCACCCUGGACUCGACCAUCCAAAGCACACUCGAGCGAUGGUUUGGCAAAGAGUGGCUGGCCAAGAACCCGGAGGAAACUGAACGUAUGAGAAAUGUAAUGUCGGGGACUACGAUCGAUGGCUUCGAAGCAUGUUGCAACGCCCUCAGAAGUGAGACGUUUGAUCUUCGACCGCGGUUUGGUAAGAUUGGCGAGUCUGUCGAUGAUGCUAUUUGUAUCGUGGGCGAGAACGAUGCGAAUCUACCCCAGACCAUGGCGGAUAUGCGAGACAAGAUCCAAGAGGGGUUUGAGACGGCUGGGAAGAGCAACAAGAUUGAUCUGGUUAUUAUCAAGGACGCUGGACAUAUUUCGUUUGUCGAUGGUUUUGAGCAGUUUGUGGCUGAGGUGUUGAAAUGGUUGAAGAGAUAA